AUGGACCGUUCUACGCAAAUACUGAAAGUACGCGACUUGAUAUCAACCAUCUCCACAAACCCAAAGUCUCCCAAUCAAUCCAAGUCUGACAAUGCGAACGCACCUAUUGAUCAGCUAUGGUCUUCAGUUUCAUCUAAAUCUAGCAUCGUUUCUUCUACUGCCAUCUCGGGAAUUAUACAAUUGGUUCGAUCAGGCGCAAUAGAGUGGAUAAAUGGACUAAACGAACUUGCAUAUGCGAUACAAACUGCGAGCCCAGAAAUUCUUGAAUGUUUACUCGUUGGUAUAACGGACCUUUUGCUCCACCAUGUACACACUACGAAAGGCGAAUAUAAAACAAUAUUUAAGAUCAAGGAUUCGAACGACGGCAUGGUUCACCCGUACAUAUCAAUUGUUAGGUCCAAGCCGGAGUCAUGGAUAAUGGUCGUUGCUCAAUGCGACAAGAUAUUUGAGUUUGAUGAAGAGCAAACUGAUGUAAGAACAUUAGUAAACACGUUGGAAAUAAUGAAACCCUUCUUGGAUUUUGCCCUCAUGUGUGGAGACGCAUAUUGGAGUAUGGCCCUGUCUCAACUAUUGGUUCGAUUAAUGUAUAAAAAUUUGGAUUCCAAAAAAUAUGGAAUGCUAAGAGAGAAGAUCUUUGAUUACUUAUUAACAGUCUCAGAAAGGCUACCAAUAAUAGACAAAACCUCCUUUGAAAAAUCAUACAUUUUGAAUCAAUCUAUGGUUCAAUUGCUUGUUGGAAAUUUUUUCCCAAAGGAGACUUUUUUGAGGGAUUUUUCACCAAGAUUGACAGUUCACAUACUAUCUCUUGCAUGCAGUGCGCAUAAUUUGAGAAUCUCUGUGACCUUUUUACUAAGAGUAUUAUCCCAGUUAUGCUCUUUCAGUAAAACAGUCGAAGCGUUGCCUGAAUUUACAAUAACAUGGCCAGCACUUUCUUAUCUGUUAUUGGACUGUGACACAGUGGAACAGCAAAAUUUGAUUUUAAAAAUUAUGACAAAUGUGUUGGAGCAUCAAGUCAAGAAAGACAAUAAAAACGUUAUCUCGAGUUUAAUUGCUCAAUUUGCUAUUUUGCCAUUAUUUCAGAUAUUAUGCGAAAUAACAAUAGAACACGUUCAAAAAGAAAUUCUGGAUUUGCUUCGAAUAAUCGAAACUUUGCGAAACGACGCGAUCAAAAGCGAAUUUAUUGAAAAUGCUUUGUCAGACGAGGCGAGUAUACAAACCAUCACCGGAGCCAUAGCUGAACUCUUUUCAGAGACAAUUCAACUAUUGAGAUCUUUCUUGGAAGCCUCAUCAUCAGACGAUAUCGCAGCAUCUAAUAUGUAUUUUAAUACCAUGUUUUUAAUACCUUAUUUAUUACAUCCACGUAUAGAAUUACGUGUUAGAGCUUUAGAUUCUUUGAUAUCCGAGACUGUAAAUAGUUCAAACACAAAAAUGAAUAACAAACUACCAAUUCUUUAUGUAAUACUUUAUACCCUUCGCGACAAGCGACAACCUCCUUUAGUUCGCCUCCACAUCUUGUACAAUACGCUUCCGUCCUUGGUCAUUCCGUCAGACGUGGCCAUAUCGUUCAAAAUUUUGAAAUUUGCCAAUUCGUUAGUACAAACGGAGGAUUCAUCGAAAUACACAAGACUUAACGCGGUUGGAAUGAGAAUGUUAUACUAUCUGUGGGAACGACGAAGAAGAUCCUGGCAGUCAUUAAAACUUGCAAUGCGCGAAUGGGUAAAGAGACGAAAAUUCCAUACCGGAUUAAUUGAUCCGAAGAGUGAGGAAGGUGAGAUGGAAAUUGCAACCUUGUCAUGUAUAAGGGACAUCUGUAGAACUAGCGCAGAGGCUCACGUUGAUGAUUUACUGCCAUUUAUAUCGAGCCUUAUGCAGACGGUCCGUUUGCAUCCUGUAAGCAUAUGUUUGAUACUUGAGACUUUGAACGCGUGCAUUGAGAGAGAUGUAGUGGAUCCUCGAACUGUAUGGACAGUCAUGGUCUCACAUAUCGCAAAUGUUGUCAUGUCUACUGACUCCAAACCGAAAGAUAUCAUUGUGCGAUUAUGCGAAUUUUACAAAUUAAUUGCUAUGAAGAUGGACGAUACGGAUUCCUAUAAUGUAUUUAUGCAAGACUUUCUCGUUGAUCACGUUCGUCCAUUGAUCUUCCCUUAUCAGUCGGACGGAAAAGAUGGAAAUUCAAAUCCGGACGCCUUAUUUAAACUCCAGACGGAUGAAUUUAUUCUCGAUCACGCCCUCAAAGCACUUUCAUAUUUUUCUGCAAUGGACAUAUUGUCUGUUUUACCAGAAUUACCAACAACGAUAAUGUCACAGAUUCUAAAGUGUUCAUCUACAAUCAACGGAUGGAGGGACAUUCUUUGUCAGUUGAUACCCCACGAAGUGUUCGAUCUGCAGCGUACCUUAUUUGGCGGUCCUAACACAAGAAGAGCCGCGGGUAGGGACCGACAUGGAGAACUGGAGAAACAAAAGUCUGCACUAUCUGAUAUUUUGUUCGGAAUUACAUCCGUCUGGGAAAGCGGAUCUGUUAAUCCCGGACUCCGACUCGGUUGCGCGAUAGCAUCGCUAAUAUCGUUCCGUCCUUCCCAGGAAGCGUCAUCGGCGACGGAUUUAAAGUCAUCUCGUUUUUAUCGUGUUAUGAUGAAUGCUAUCCAGGAUGUUGCUUUUACAGAUUUUUGGUUGAUUAGGGCCAAUGCUGUCACGUAUUGGCGAAUUUUUUUUGAAAAGGGUCUAUUAGAGAUAGAUCGUAUGACUAAAGAAGGAAAUAAUGCAUUAGUGCAGGAGAUAUAUGAUGAACUACUGGUUAGAUUAAAAGAGGCCAAGCAACCCGCUACUUACGUGAACCUUAUAUUUGCAAUUACAGGUUUAUGUCUGGCCUUAAAAUCUCUCGCGAUUACUGCGACCAGAGCUUACGUCCACAACGUCGCUUCACUGCUCCUUGAUCGCUUCAUGGCGGACACUUCGCGUCAACGAGAUUGGGACUUUAUCUCUAGUGACGACGUGCAAUAUGGAACCAUGCUCUCUCUCGGAUACCUUGCUACCAUAAUGUCACCGAACGAAAAGCUCGUUCUUGAUAUUAUCAACAGUCUAGUUGGACAUUUAACUACUCGAAAUACCAAAGAUAAUCUCGAAUGGUCAUUCUUUGGUUGCGGAUAUGCUCUAAGUAUUAUCCUAUCGCAUUUCCAGGUUCCUUCAAAUAUCGAAUUAGAAGCGGCUUGUAAAGAGACACUAAUGUUCCUUAAAGAAUACGCGUUCAGUGACGAUGCUUCUUUUCGCGCUUCUGUGGGUCUUCUACUGGGUUUGACAAACUUUGAUACCCAGGAAGGUACCAUUAAAGACAUUUACGAGAAAGCGUUAAAUGUCCUAGAAGAAUUUGUAAAGAAAAAGGAUUCAGUCAAUCCGGGAAGGGUAGUGGGUUCUGCGUGGUUCCUUUCACUUUCAAAUCAGACCGCUAUCGAUGAAGAUUGUCUAAAUUUAUUAGAAAACGCUAUGAAUGUUAGAACAACAGAGAAAAAAUGGAAAUCCCACAACUUUCACUUUAUCCAGUCCUACCUUUACGCCUUGCAAUCCAUGCUUCACGUAAAACAACUAUCAAAAUAUGUAUCAGUCUUCAAUGCCUACGUGCGCGAGAACAUAGACGUAAUCUCAUCAUUAUCGUCCUCUUCAAUGAAUCGACAGACUGCUAUUCUAAAACUUGGAGCUUUAACAGCUGUAAACUACAUACCCGUGAAGCAGCACUAUUCACGAAAAUCUUACUUUUUGUCUACAGCUCCAAUAAGCUUACUGUCGCCACUCAUCGAGACGUUACGGAAGGCAACGGGAACAACGGAUGAAUCCGCAAUAAUAACUGAUAUUAAGAGUGGAAGCUUAGCAGCCAUUUUGUUAGGACACCUAAUGCUGGAUUUGGAGAAAACGGAGGGAAGCAACCAAGAACAAGAAUUUGUUGUGACGGGUGAUGAACCGACGGAUUAUUCGCGACUACCACGCACAAGCUAUCUCCGAUGCUGUUUCGACACUCUCGUUGAACUAUCUCAACCUGCUACUACUACUACUUCUUUACAUUCGACUUUUCAAAAUCAACCCGCUUCGCCCUCGUUAUUACUUUCAGCAUUAUCUGCAACCAAAUGUGUCCUUCCACCAGUGAACUGGUAUCCUCUUCUUAUGCGUCUGUCUUCUCGCUUUCCGUCAAGCCGGAAGGAAAUUUUUGAAAUGACGUUAAGCCACUGUGGCCGAUCAACAUCGUUAAUAGAGUAUCUAAUACAAAGUCUAAAGCAACUAUGCGAUCUUGCUGGUUCUGAUCACGAAAUUGGAGAAAUGCUACUGCGUCGUGGGUUGGUGAAGAUGUUGGAAUUAUGUGAACCUAAUAGGGCUAAUGAUAAGAUGGAGCAGAGCGCACAGAGGCGAGGACUGCAGGUGAGGAAGACAGUUGUGCCUGAUGCAGUAGCAGUUCGGGUUGUCUAUGAAAUAAGUAUGUCGUUAUUUGCAAAUAGUGAAGCGAGCAAAAACGAGAAUCUUUGGUUGGCUUUUUAUGAAAGCAUGGAAGUUUAUUUGGCAAAUACAGCCAAUACACCAUCAGCGAUAUCUCUACGCCAAGAUCUUACCCCAAUUCUUGAAAAAACUUAUGAUUUUCUGCCAGAACCAACAUCGCCAGUGCAAUACAAAGUUGUCCGUAUUGCUGCGAAAUACUCUGAAUUGAUACGCGACAAAACUCUAUUGCCUCCUCCACAACCACAUCUCAAGUUGAAAUACACUCUUUCCGUCUGUGCACUCUCAGAAAAUGGGUAUAUCGAUACCACUCAAAACCUCACGCGUUUGAUUCAAGACUGUUUGAAAGACUAUCUCGCGCAAUUUACAGACAGUCAGUCUCCCGCCCUGCGCGCAUUUGCGUGGGUCGUUAUCUCUGUUAACAAAUCGAUCAGAUCAUCUUCGAGCGCUAGAAACAUGAGCAAAACGCGUUUAGAAUGGCUUGUCCGUAUUCUAAAUAUAUUUUUAAUUCAAGAGGAAGACAAUCUCGGUACGGACAUUAGCGUUCGUGCUCUGUUUGGAUGCUUAUUAAUGAGUUGGAUUACCGACCGUGAACCAAGUGAAGAAGAGGUAUUACAUGCAUUAAGAAGUGCCGAAAAUGUUAGAAAAGCAACUUUUGUCGUAUCACGGGAAAUUAUGUCAACAGAAGACGAUGAAAUUUUGCAGCAGACCUUGCAACGGCUCCUCAAAUUUUUAGAUUUUGCCAGAGUGCGGAAUAAUAGCGAGAAAAAUCUCCUGGUGUUUUACUCUAUACUUUCUCACUUGAGAAAUCGACUUUCAGAAGAUCAGUAUUCAAUUGUUGUUGACUGUAGUAUUGAAACGUAA